AUGGCAGAAAACCACCUUCAUACCACUCAACCAAUGACUCACCAGAUGGUGAAAGCCGUCACCGCUGCCACCGCCGGUGGCUCCUUCCUCGUCCUCUCCAGUUUGACCCUGGCUGGCACCGUUAUUGCACUCGCCAUAGCCACUCCACUCUUCGUCAUUUUCAGUCCCGUUCUUGUCCCUGCUCUCCUUACUACAGCUCUCAUAGUGACGGGUUUCGUCACUUCCGGCGGCUUCGGUGUUGCAGCGGUUACUGUGCUGUCGUGGAUUUACAGGUAUGUGACCGGGAGGCACCCACCGGCGGCGGAUCAGUUGGACAGCGCAGGGAUGAGGUUGGCUAUCAAGGCUAGGGAGAUGACGGAUAGGGCGGCGCAGCUGACCGGUGCGGCGGCUUCUUAAUUUCAGUUU